AUAGUGCACUAAAAAUAGAACCACUUUCGUAACUCUUCAAAAAAAUACUAUAAAAAAGCAAAUCCAAACUCACCUCCCACUCCUUGAGUAGCCGCCCAGAUGGGACAAGUGCCGGGUAGAAGCAACAACGAUGCCAAAAAGCACAGCGGAAGAUGGAUUUGCGCCCCCGAGAGGGAAGUUAGCUGGCCGCGAUUUUAUUUUCGAGGAUUUUCUUCUCUGCUUGCUUUGAACGAGUGGACGAAUUUGAAGAAUAAAAACAAACAGAACUGUCAGUGCCAAAAGUGGCCGGUCCGCCUGUCAGAGAAAAGUGUUGCCAAAAUUCAAUGGGCUUCUAGCGUAAACUUUCAUUUUGAAUUACUUUCCACUAAUUUGAUUGGUUUUAUACUCUUUACAUGUAUUUUUUAUAUAGGAAAACAAAAUUCAUUAAUUUUAUAGACUUUUUACGACAUUUAGGAAGACAAAGUAUUCACUAAUAUCAGUAUCAAAAUAUUGAAUUAUCAAAAAUCGUAAUACAAUUUCUGGCAACACGAUGUGAUACGAAUCAUGAUGGUUACCAAUACUAAUGUAACUGAUGGUUGUGUUAAAUCGUGUCAAACAAGAGAAAAACUGCUCGCGGAAAUUUUCAACUCGCAAGUUUAGGAGGACGAUUUUCGCGAAAUUGUUCGUUUUGGUUAAAUUUGUGGUGAUCAGCAGACGCUCCUGGCUGCAGCACGUUUGGGGAUCAACAAUUUAUUGAGGUAAAGUGAAUAAAUGGACGUUUUUCGGUGAUGUAAGUUUUGUAUGGAAAACCCAAAGUGUUAGAAAACAGGCUAAAUGUGUGGAAAAAAUACCCGUUUUGGACGUGAUUGCUUGUGUUUUUGAUUCUUGCAACUGUUCUGUUUACGAUGAUUAAUUUACUAUAUAUGCUGCGUGACUCAUUUGGGAUUAAUUUUCGAAUUUCUCAAAAGGUACCAGAUUUCCACUGGUUAAGGGGGAACAAAAAACCCAUCAUUUUAAAGGUGGAACAGGACAGUUCAUCAACCAUGUUUUUUCGCCAUAUUCGAUGAUGGCACGUUACACCUUAAGGUAAGUUAACCUCGAUUCGCAAGCAGUCACCGAUUGGUUCAAUUGCUUUACGGCUAUAGCCACAAACGAAUAUGCUCAGAGAGGAGAAAAUUCAACGAAAUACUAGCGUGGCACUCAUUUAGCCUACACUACCGCGGAUGACACUCAAUUUGCAUUUUGGAUGGUGAAAAUUGCUGUGAAAUGUGUUUUUGGAAACGUCAAAAGUGAAUGAUUUAAAAACGACCGAUAGCAGACGGUUUCGAACUCUGUUUAGAGCGACAUUGUGCAAUUGUUCCGGAGAGGGAGAGCAGAAGAGAGAGUUUGCCGUAGCGUUCGCGGAUUUGCGUCGCGUCCGAUUUGUGCUCGUAAGUGAAGAGGUCGAUUUCGUGCAACCAGAUAAAAAAUGACAAAUAUUCCAAAAUUCAAAAAGGUUUUUCAACUCAGUAUCCACACGCGGGCAGAAAAUCGCACUCCAAGAGUAAGGCUUUUGUAGUUGAUAUCUAUUAAGUAAACAAUGGCAAACAAACAAACAAAAAACCAAGAGGAAGUAAAACAACACUAAUAGAUGUGCUACUUUAGGGUGUAAGUAGAGUAGAGUUGAAAAAUCUGCAAAGAAUCAAUACAAAAAUAAAGAAAAGAAUCAACAGCAAACAAGCAAAUCUCAAAGAGUAGAGCAAAUUUAAACGAGCGUGCGUAAGAGUGAGCGAAAAAUGCGAGCGAGAAAAUGAUUAGUAAGUGAAACUGACUUUUGAUAAGUUCAAAAUUGUUUUUAGUAAUUAAGCGUUUUAUACUGAGUUUUUCGUACUUGUACUAACCUUCACAAACGUAGAAAAUCUCUCUAAGCGAAACUAAAAUGAGAAAAAGAUGACAAAAGACUGCCGUAAAUUAAGUUUUACAUUUUUCUCGCAAGGAGAAAAACGUAACUACCACACCAAACGCAUGACAUUCUUCCUCUCUCCUUGAGUAUGGAUUUACUAUCGGCUGCACUCCCACAACUCACAGCACACUCUUGUAUAGACUUUUAUCACGUGAGCAAAGCUUUACACACCGGCUACGUUACAUUCAUUGUUGUUAGAGUUAUGUUUUGUUAGAAGAAAAAAAAUCCACGCGAAAUAACAAAAAAAAAAUACGAAAAAACACACUGUAACAUUCCACCGAGCAAAAUCAGCCUAAACUAACAGCAACAACAACAAGAACAUCUCACAAAUACACACACGUUUCUCGUUAGUAUAAUGAACACAGACAAAAAAGUAUUUAAACUAGCAGCAGCUGAGGUACCAAAAGUACACAAACAUAGCGAUAGCACAUAAAACACACACACACAAACCAGCAAACAAUGAUUGUUCAAUGGCUCAUAAAAUGACAUAUCGUACAGACUUGCAACAACAAGAAAUAUUAUUCACCGAAAAAAAAAGGAAAAAAGUACUCACCAAGAAAAGAAAAGAAUAUUUUCAUGAUUUCACAGCAAACGGGUUUUCCCUUCUGUUCUUAUGUUACACUUUGUUCGAAGAUCUUAGUGUUAGUCAUGUCACGUUCUACAAAGGUGCAAGUAAAGUUAAACAUUGUAGAGUAGGGUGGGUUGCCGUUGUAUGAAAUUUUGCUGUAACAUAAAUCAUAAAUCGUGCUAACUUGUCACACGUCACUUUUUGACAUUCCAAAAGAAAACGCGUUUUAAUGUUUGACCUUGAAUAAACAAAAACGAGAGGCCGGAAUGUAAACAACAACAAUUCUAAAUUUCGUACUUGUGUCAAACGCGUUCUGACCUGGAAUUCCUUUCUCCUUUAUCGCACUUACAUUAAUUUCCAGGGUGUGUCAAGAUAGGACGGCAAGAAUGAAAUUUUUUUCAUAUGAAAAGUGGCAAAAAUGCACGGAGUUGUUUCGGUCUUAUUAAAUAUCUCAGAAUUGAAAGUCAAAAGGUGAUUGCACGUGUGACAAGUUAGCACGACAGCGACGAUUGAUAUCCUCAAAUUCACUUUUUGGUUUAUCCUGCGGAUAUGAAAAGCACGGACAUGAUUAUUAUCAGCUGGUAUCAUGAAAUGAGCGAUAUUUUGACUAUAUGGUACAAAGCGAUCAGUAAUUAUUUAUUUAACAGUGAUAUUUUAGUAGAAACCACGUUUUUUCAUUACACAUUUUUCAAUAAAUUGAAAUUUCAGAGUUUCGAAUUUAUAGCAUUUUCAUAUGAAGGCAAUCCACAAUUUCGUAGCGUCAUAUAACCAGUUUUUAGUGAUCAUCAAACGAAUGUUAGUCUUUUUCUGAAGAACCCCUCACACAUGUAAACGAUAGCAAUCAACUAAAAAAAUGGUUAAACCAAGCAAAAAUGCCUCCCCCUCCGCUUUGCUAUAAUUGUUAGCCAUCCUAUAUUAUGGCGUUGACACGCAACCACGUGGCAGCGGCCCAACCUGUUUAAUUUUACGGAAUCUCAGUACAAAAGAGUUUACCAAUUCCGAGAUGACUUUUUACUGUUUAAAAAUCGAGGAAAGCGAAAACGACGCCGAAGAAGACGCACUUUUUAACCGUAUGGAAACUGAUGGAUAUUUCUACUGUUGAUCCGCCGCACACACACAAUCUAACCUGUGUAUAGGAGAAUCUGUUCUGUUUAGGAAUCGAACAAAUAAUAAGAGGCUAAAACAUUGUCAUUAGAAAGAGUGAAACAGAAUAACUCAGUGUGGUAAAAGGCCACCUAUUGUGAACCAGUAACUCAUUGAAUAAACGACAGAAGGUAAAAUGUGAGUGAUAAUCACGUAACAGUUUCAGCAACCUAGCGAAACUUGAACGAUCAUUUCAUCCGAAAGGUCCCAUUAACCCGUCCACCCCAUCAACAUGAAUCAGUCUCAUUACGUCAAGCUAAUAGAGCAGAUCAGCAGCCAUGCUUCUCCUGCAAGUCGCGAUCACCAUCGCGAUUCUCUUCCAAACCCACCCUGAACCGAUUUGCUCUCGGCAUCGAACCCGCAUCCAGCAUCGAUUCCACGCCCUGAGACACUGCCAACGCUCGAACAAGACCAUCAUUGGGUUGAUCAACGUGAGCACCGUCAAGGAGUGUGCCCAGUACGCCCGGAAGCGCCACGGGAUGGCGUUCAACUUUGGUCCCAAAGGUCGAAAUCUGACGAAUUUGUUUGACCUCGUUGAUGCUCAGCGGUCAAGGAACAAUACCAGCAAGAAGCCUCCCAAGGGAACGGAUACGAUCACCGCAGAUCCGGAAGAGUUCUACAACUGUCAGGUUCUUGACUGUCCGGAGUAUCGGAACCUGUCGACGGUGGUGAACGAUACCCGGUUCGACUACUACAGCUUGUACACGCGACCUGCACCUUCAGGUAACGCAACGUGUCUGCCAGCGAUUGGGAUGUUCGUCCUGGACGAUCGCCGACUCAACUACUCCCAAGCGUACAACGAGUGCCUAUCCAUGGACGGCACUCUAGCCCACGUGGUCAGCGAUCGUCGUACCGUCGGACUGUCCCGGCUUCAAAGCACCAUCAGCUUCCUCAAGAACGACACCAAAAACGCCACCGAACCCGUCUUCAUCGGCCUCAACGAAACGGUCAAAAACAAGUUCUUCACCUCGUCCCACGAACCGCUGGAAUGCUUCCUGUACCGUGCGUGGGCUCCCGGACAUCCAGCCCGAACCCGCCAACCCGGCUGCGUAGCCCUGUCGCCGAACAACAGCUCCUGGACGGUUCACAACUGCAACCACUCGCUGCGAUUCAUUUGCGAGCUGAACACCUCCGGACCACCGCAGUACGAGGCGCGACUCAAGCGAAAGUGCUCCGUUCGGCGGCCCAACAAUCGAGCUCGACCGAAGAAAGUGGUAGCUGGGGUUACGAUUGAAGGGUCGGGUAAUUGAAAUUCAAUAAAAUUCCACCGAAAAAAAAAAUCAAUUGCCAAAAGUCUGCUUAUCUGAGUACAUUUCACCAACUUCCAGCAUGCAACACGUCUCGCUCGUCCUUACAGACCGGAAUGCAAUGACCUUCGGUGCUAAAAAUGAAUCCCCAAAAAGCAUGUGUCAGUGGUGUUAAUUGCACUACACCACCCCCAAAAAUUGUGCAACCUUCCAUCGUGUGCUUUUGCUCUACUGCACACUGCACAUUGUGCCAAAAACCAUCAGGUAUAUUUUCGGCACUAACGUAUCACUUGGGAGGUGAACCCGCAUGGAUACACAAGUGCUGAAUCGAUUCUUUCAACUAGUGUGGUGAUGGCCGUUUGGAAAAUUGUCGAAAUGAACAGCAGUCGGAAGCGCACUUCAAUCUACCAGGAAACCCCCCAGCGCUUCUCCGAGUCCCUCAUAGCGGAACUGGGCCAUGGGCGUCACACGCGCUACAAGGACGUCUCCAAAGAUCUCAACAACCUGAUCAACAAGGAAGAGGAGGACACCCCGAUCGCG